AUGACCCAGAAGGAUCCCGUUUCCACCACUGAGUUCCUGGUACCGACCCCUAAGAACACGGGUUCAGUGUCGUACAGACCAGGUGUUCGUCCCACCACAUGCAGCUCGCCGACGUUCGCGAAGCGAGAAGGCGACAAUGCCCGGUAUGUCUGUAGCCGAAAUGAACUGGCUCUUGCUGGUGUUCUUUGGACGUUGGAUGCUGGCCGAGAACUAUUCGGCGGAGGGGGUACACUCAUGUGUAUAUGUUGGAUAAUCACACUUGAACAGGAGAAAACAUAA